AUGGCGUUGACCACACCCGAUUCCGAACAUCUUUACGGUCUGGUUGAUAUGGGAAGCAAUGGCAUCCGCUUCUCCAUCACCGAUCUUUCACCACCAACAACAAGGAUUUUGCCUACAAUGUACACUUCACGCGCUGGGAUUUCUCUCUACGAUGCACAGUAUUCGUCUAGUGGCACGCGCGUCCCCAUCCCGGACGAAGUGAUCAAAUCAGUAGUCGACAAACUAACACACUUCAAACGCACCUGUGCCGAUUUCUGCGUCCCUGAGCAGAAUAUUACCGUUUUGGCUACUGAAGCCACCAGAACUGCUGUCAACUCUCAAGAGUGCAGAGAUGGGAUUAAGAAAGCUACCGGAUGGGAGGUUAGGAUGCUUGCCAAAGAGGACGAGGGUAGGGUUGGUGCGUUAGGGGUUGCGACGUCUUUGGGAGAGGUCAAGGGUUUGGUUAUGGAUUUGGGAGGUGGGAGUACGCAGUUGACUUGGUUGGUCAGUGAUGCUGAAACGGGUGAGAUUAAGAUGCCUGAGAGGGGUGCUGUUAGUAUGCCUUUUGGGGCUGCGGCACUUUCCCGCCGGAUCGCAGAGGCUGAAAAGCAAGGAGAAAAAGCAAAGAGGCGGUUGGCUGAGGAUGUCAAGCAGACCAUUACUGAUGCGUACAACAGCUUGGAUAUCCCUACCGAGCUAAAGGAGUUGGCGAAACAGCAGGGUGGGUUUGCUUUGUACCUUUCUGGUGGUGGGUUUAGGGGUUGGGGCUUUGUGCUUAUGAGCGAGCACGCCGUGUCUCCCUACCCAAUCUCCCNNCUCAUCAACGGUUUCUGCGCUGACAGAAGUUCGUUUUUGGAUACGGCUUCUGUGAAGCAGGCAGCUGUCUCACACUUAGACUCUGAAGACGACAGCGCAAUCUUCCGCAUCUCCCAACGACGAGCAACACAAGUCCCCGCUGUUGCAUUCUUGGUCACCGCACUCUCAGAAGCACUUCCACACAUCAAAGAAGUCCGUUUCUGUCAAGGAGGCGUCAGAGAAGGCUAUCUCUUCUCCACCUUGCCUCAAGAAAUCCGCAAGCAAUCUCCUGUGGUUGUUGCCACUUCUGCUGCCGCAACGCCUGGAUCUGCUCACCAUGCAGAGUUACUUCUGUCCUCUAUUCCUUCUGGCUCCAUCCCCGAGACGGGCUUGAGUACCCCUUUGAUCCAAGCUUUUGCAAACUUGUCUCCGCACUUUUCGUCCCAUCCCAAGGAUAUCCGCGCUGCUGCUGCUCUGCGAUCCACGACUACUGGCCUCCUAGCUCAAGCGCAUGGCCUCUCACACACCGAACGCGGCUGUCUCGCAUUACUGCUCUGCAACCGCUGGGGCGGCAAANAAGACCUGCCUCCCACAGACGUCCCCUUCCUGCACAGCAUGCAAGCUUUAAUCGGCUCAAAGGCAUCUUGGUGGUGUGCCUAUCUCGGUGCUGUAGGUGCUUUGAUCGGUGCAAUCUAUCCUUCCGGCCGCGGCAACGAAUUCAUGGGUUUGAGUUCUCAGUGGAGUGUUUCGCACAAAGGAGAUAAGAUGCUAGUGCUGCAAACCAGGGAUAAACAAGCUUCUUCUCUACGCUCAAUCGUUCAUGAGGAAAUGGAAAAGAUUGAAAAGGUUGGAAAGAAGAAGAAUUGGAUUGGUGGUAAGGAGGGUUAUGGCUUUAAGGUCCAGGUGCUGUGA